CAACAACAACAGCAGCAGCAGCAGCAAGCAGUCAUAGUAGUGCUAGUGGUCAAUGAACCACGCCUCAUGUUCCAAAAGACCCCCUUUUCGUCAGUUCUUCUCUUUCUACAUACAUAUACAUAUAGCGUACCUCUUUUUUCUAUAUAUACUCUUCAUCAGUUAUCGUUUUCUCUCUUUUCACCAUUUUGUCGUUCAAUUUCUUUCUUAUAUAUUCUCUGUACAGUAGUAGUCUUUUUUCUUCUUCUUAUUAUAUAUCCUUUGGCACCCGUACAUCUUUACCAUUCACUCUCUUUCAACGACCCACACGGCGCCUUUCGCUAUCACCGCACCAUCGCCAAUAAGAUCCACAGCACUAGCCUCUCAUUCCCUUACCUAUAUCUCUCUUGGCACAUAUAUCAUGAUUUCCACCUCCCCACAUCUCCACCCCCCCAACCCAUCCGCGCUUUUAUGUCAGCUGCUUUCUUGUGCACCAUUGCAUAUAAUUUACGGCAACAACAUCCACAAAAACAAACUAUUGGCAACAAAACGAUCUACUCUUCUUUUCAACAAAAUCAUGCUGCGAUUAUUACUACUCUAUUAUCCCUCCCAACCCUACUAACUAAAACUGCUUCUCUAUCUCCCUCUUAUUAUACUCAAUACAAUCCUUUCUUUUUUUUACCCGCAACACAACAGAGGAUAAUUAUGUCUUGUGUCUUGUUUGUAAUUAUACAUCGAACCCUCCCUAUCCCUUUCCUCCUUGUCUUGAUCACAUAGCAUUGCGUUUUCUCUCACACACACACACCUCCACUACAUUAUUUCCCAGCUUGUAAUAAACAAAGCCAAACAAAAAAAAAACCAGCGUGCUCUUGAUGUGGUCGAACAUAAAGCAACGGAUGCG